AUGAGCAUCGAUUCAUCCGAACAACUAACAACCGGAAUCAGACGGUUACGAUUGAAGAGACCUGGAUUGAUAUGGGCUUCGGUAAUCUUCGUCGCUUACGCGUUAACACCAAACUGUGACGAAGAAGAAGUCGAAGCGUUCAAUAAGGAAUUGGAACAACAAGAAUGUCACAUUGGUACCCACGGUUUAGAUUGGAAAGAGCAGGGUGAGCGGCUGACUGAGUUUAUCAUUACGACCAAGACAAUCCAUGGUAACUCGCAAUUCCAGAAGCCCCACCCUCAGCGCUGGACAUGGGAGUCUCCCAAUGACGAUCAUCUCCUUCGUAUAGGAUUCUAUUUCUCGCAGAAAGAACAAAAAUCGAAAGUCACCAAGAAACGUCUGUCUCCGGACGCACCCAAGCUGAUACGCCAGCGUGGAAUCGCAGGAGGCACAGGCGACCGCGAACUAACGUCCGAACAUGCAAAACAAUGCGAACAGGCGACAAAUGAAGAUCUUAAGAAGAGAAAAGGAGCAGCUAUGGUCGAAACUGCAGCGGCUGAGCAAAGCAUUCGCAAAGUCCUGCGAAGCUUCGCCAGUUAA